ACUCCCACUGGCGUAGGGUGAACCCGAGCGUUUCCGAAUUCGUCCGACGUUUGCCGAGCCUUCCGUCCGUCCAGCCGGACUGCUGGAAGCAGCCGCAACAACGCCAUGUUGAGCGAAGUCUCCCAUCUUUAUAAGAAAUUUUUAUCAUCCGACGCGUUGAUGUGAUGCUAUUGCGCAAAACGGAGAGAAUACAACCGGAUACUGUCAUCUAAGCCUGAGGAGACGAGGAAUUCAACCGGGAAGAUUCAGGGAGGCUGGAGGGGAACACAAACCCCCUACCGUCCCCAUGCACAGAACACCUACAGCCCCAGACUUCAGUGAUAAAAUGACAUUUUUGUACUAACAGCCAGAUUUGAAUCAAAUCAAUGGCAUAAGGAUACAUUCAUACGUUCCGGCCUCCGUAGAGAGAAGAAACGGCCAGAUAUUGUUGGAACGCGUGACGUGACCGUUUUCAGCUGCGCAUCGUUUGUUUUUCUUAUUUUUUAUUUUUUUUGCAAUGAGUUUGCCACAGAAAGUGGUCCCGAAGCCGGCCGCUGUCGCUGUUAGUGGACCUGUAACCGGACCGGCACCGCCAACGCAACUCCGAGCAGCGCUGACCUCCUUGUCGUUACCACCGGGAGCUCAGAACGCUCCUCCACCGCCAGCAGUGCCGCCUGCCCAGAUCCCUCGAGCAGCGCUACCCCUGGAGGAACGCAUGUAUUCCUCAGGAGUUACUGCAGUCUAUAGUGUAACCAGACAUCCUGGUCCUCCAUAUCCAGGUCACGACCUCAGCAAAACCCACCCAAAUCUGGCGGGCACCCCUCCGAACCAUGCCACGCCCCCAGCCCUCUCUCAGGUAUCAGUCUCUGCUGCCCCCCAGUACCGCUUCCUCAAGGGAUGGGAGACAGGUGGAGGGCCUCCGUAUAACCCAGCUCAGAAUGCAGGCUCCGCCUCCCUGAUGUACUCUCCACAGACGCAGCCAAUGAACGUACAGCCACAGACUCGGCCGUUUGUGACAGGACCUCGUCCGACCCAUCAUCAGUUCCUUCACCGGACUCAGAUGCAGACCGCACGACCCACUCUCCCUACCAACAAUCCCUCCAUACGGCCAGGCUCUCAGAACCCCACGGCUACGGUUUACCCCCCUAACCAGCACAUCAUGAUGACUAUGACACCCAUGGCAUUUCCCACCCAGACAGCCCAAUAUUACAUUCCCCAGUAUCGUCACAGCGCACCUUACGUAGGAGCCCCGCAGCAAUAUGCCGUCCAACCUCCAGGAUCUGGAACCUUCUACCCAGGACCCGGCCCUGGGGAAUACCCAAACCCUUAUGCUGCCGGGCCAUCGUAUUAUACUGGCCAGACAGUGUACCCGCCCUCUCCACCCAUCAUAGUGCCUGCACCUCUGCCCCCUCCACCUGCCAAACGAGAAAAGAAACCAUCCUCCCAGAUCCGUAUCCGAGACCCUAACCAGGGCGGAAAGGACAUCACGGAGGAGAUAAUGUUCGGAAGCAGAAAUCCCACUCCUCCUGCAGGACACCCCGCUUCCAUCCGAACCCCUCCCGCAGGACGCGCCUCAUCGACACCAACCCCACCCACAGGACACACUUCGGCCACACCCACCCCUCCACAGCCAAGCAACUGCCAUGCAGAGCAAACAGCAUAUGUUAACCCACCUCAAAGACUCAGCCCUGCAACCAUGGAUUUCAAGUCCAACUUGGAUGACAGGCCAAAAACGGAGCCCAUGAAGUCUGUAUCUCCUCGACCUGUUCCUUCGGAGUCACCUGUAGAGAAGAGAGAAGCCCCAGGUCUUCCAUUAUUAGAAUCAUCUUCUCCAAAAAGGAUCCUUAAUCCAUCCAAUCUCCUUUCACAUCCUGCAAGCGUCUGUGUUGUACCCACUGCCGCUGGCGAACCAGAAUUUUUUUCUCCCACAACCACCACGGCUCAGGUCAUCUCUGGCGAGGACUCUCUUCCAGAAGCACCUAACGUACCCUCACCGUCCGACAAAGCUGUAAAUGGCCAUGCCGAUUAUCAAACAUGCUUAUUAAGCUAUGAAGAGCCAGAGGUCCAGGCAGCCUUAAAGACCCCUUUGCCCUGUGAGGUUCAAACGUCAACCUUGGGUACAUCAUCCACAGAGGUGUCCCAUCAAGAAGUUGCAGUGGCCUUGGAGGAGCUCAAGGCAGAGCACCUCAGUUCAUUAGCCACACCUGUGCCCUUGGUUCCUACUGUACAGGCCUCUUCAAGCACCACUUCUGUCCUUGCACCACCACCUGGUUUGACACUGAUACUGAAGCCUGCUGCAAUCAAGGCCAUAAACAAGAGCUCUGAGGAUAUCCAGCUGAAAGCUCAGGAUAUUUUGGAAUCACAGAAUCAAAACAACUCAAGAAAGUCCACACCCACAGCCCAUGAUGUUUCUGCUGUACCAAAGUCUUGGAUGAAACCAAAAGAAGAAAGUUACAUGGUGGAAACACUACAGAAGGAUAAUGAGGAGGCCUUCAAGGACAGUUCUACUAGAGAUGAGCUGGUCUCUCAACCAACCCUAGGGACUUUCAACAGCCCCUUCCCACUGCCUGAGCACCAGGAGAGACUCUCAGAGGAGAAUGGCGAGACAGAGGUGGAGGCUUUGAGGAACGGGGUAGAGACGGAGAGCACAGAUAGUGGUGUGACGCUCGGGGACAGCAGGGGAUCCAUGUGUUCCCCUACUCCACUCAUGCAGGAAGGUCUUGUGCAGUCUAAUGGCAAGAGACAGUACGACCGUGACUUUCUCUUGGGCUUUCAGUUUAUGGCUGCCUGUGUACAAAAGCCAGAAGGACUGCCUCCCAUCAGUGAUGUGGUGCUAGACAAGAUUAACCAAAAUAAGCUACCGCUAAGGGCUGUGGACCCCAGGCUCAUUUCCAGAGGCCCUGACUUCACACCCGCUUUUGCAGACUUCGGCAGACAAAUAUCAGGAGGCCGUGGAGCUCCGCUUCUAAAUGUGCGUCGGCUCCCACCGCGCAAGAUCAUCGUAAAUGUUUCUGUCGAUGAUGUCCAGCUUAAGAAGGCGGAAAAUGCCUGGAAACCAGGAAUGAAGCGAGAAUCCGCAGCGGAUGACCCAGAGACACUGAAAACCCAGGAGUUGUUCAGGAAAGUCCGUAGCAUUUUGAAUAAGCUCACGCCCCAGAUGUUUCACCAGCUGAUGAAACAGGUGGCAGAUCUGACCAUUAAUACAGAGGAGAGGCUCAAAGGAGUCAUUGACCUUGUGUUCGAGAAGGCUAUCGAUGAGCCCAGCUUCUCCGUGGCCUAUGCCAAUAUGUGUCGCUGCCUGGCUACGCUAAAAGUGCCCACGUCGGACAAACCCAACACUUCUGUAAACUUCCGGAAGCUGCUUUUGAACCGCUGUCAGAAGGAAUUUGAGAGGGACAAAGUGGAUGAUGUCGUACUGGAGAAGAAACAGAAAGAGCUGGAUUUGGCCACAUCACCCACAGAAAGAGAAAGAUUACAGGAGGAACUAGAGGAAGCAAAGGAUAAAGCCCGCAGACGCUCCACUGGAAACAUUAAGUUCAUCGGUGAGCUGUUCAAGCUGAAGAUGUUGACAGAGCCCAUCAUGCAUGACUGCAUGGUCAAGCUGCUUAAAAACCAUGACAGCGAAAGCUUGGAGUGUCUUUGUAGACUUCUCACCACCAUCGGCAAAGACCUCGACUUUGAGAAAGCCAAGCCCCGUAUGGAUCAGUACUUCAACCAGAUGGAGAAAAUUGUCAAAGAGCGCAAGACGUCUUCACGGAUACGGUUCAUGCUACAAGAUGUGAUAGAUCUGAGACUGCAUAACUGGGUGUCCCGGAGAGCAGACCAGGGACCCAAAACCAUAGAGCAGAUUCAUAAAGAGGCCAAGCUGGAGGAGCAGGAAGAACAAAGAAAGGUUCAUCAGCAGCUUCUAUCUAAAGACAUCAAGAGGAGACCAGAGCAGCGUGAGCAGCGUGAUCAGCGCUCGCAGAGAGAAGAGACUUGGAACACAGUGCCCACCACUAAAAACAGCAGAACAAUCGACCCCACCAAGAUCCCCAAGAUCUCCAAGCCUCAAAUCGAUGAGAAGAUUCAGCUGGGUCCACGGGCUCAGAUCAACUGGAUAAAGGGCAGCAGUGGUGGAGCCAAAGCCAGUGACUCUGAGUUGACACGGUCUGCCGGAAACACCCUGAACCGUUACUCAGCGCUGCAGUCAUUCACAGCUCAACCCAGCCCACCUCCAGCACAGAACGCAGAACCUGAGGCUAGACGCUCACUGGGAAGCCGAGGCAAUGCCGGUCGUGAACGCAGUGAAAAGCCUUUGAGUUUGGGGCCGUCACGAGCAGGGCCAUAUAGCAGAAGUAGCAGCACCAAAGAGCCAACAGACAACAUGACCCCCGAAGAAACACCCAACUCACAACACAAAGCCAGCAUCUCAGAGGACAAAAAUGAAAUUGAAAACAGCAAAGCCACAGAGAUGGUGAAACCAGAUACGCUUGUCAGCCCCGCUUCAGAGAAGCCUAUCCUGUCUGAAGAGACAGUGGAGAGGAAGUCUAAGUCCAUCAUUGAUGAGUUUCUGCACAUUAAUGACUAUAAGGAAGCGGUGCAGUGUGUAAUGGAAAUGGACCAGCCAUCUCUGAUGUGUGUGUUUGUGCGUGUGGGUCUGGAGUGCACACUAGAACGCAGUCAGAUAGCCAGAGAGCACAUGGGACUGCUGUACUAUCAACUAAUUCAGAAGGGAAUCAUGCCCCAUUCUCAAUUAUACAAAGGGUUUUCAGAGAUGUUGGAGCAGGCUGAUGAUAUGGCCAUAGAUAUUCCCUUCAUCUGGCUUUACCUAGCUGAGCUGCUCAGCCCUCUGUUAAGAGAGGGAGGAAUUGCAAUGAUGGAUCUGUUCAGUGAGUUAAGUAAACCGCUACUCCCCGCGGGAAGAGCUGCCAUCUUAUUUUCUGAAAUACUGCACCUACUAUGCAAACAAAUGAGCCAUAGGAAAGUUGGAGACUUGUGGAGAGACUCUGGGCUAAACUGGGCCGACUUCCUGCCUGAAGGAGAAGAUCUUACAGCUUUCAUCUCACAGCAGAAGUUAGAGUUCACAUUGUCGGACAGCUCCACCAUCUCCCCGGCCCUGGAUAAGAUCAGCUUGACCCCUGAGGAGCUCCUCAAACAACUUGAAAACCUCUUGUUGGAAGACAUGAACAAUGAUGAGCAGAUCUUUGACUGGAUUGAGGCGAAUUUGGAUGAAUCUCAGAUGAGUUCCUCUUUGUUUUUGAGGGCUUUAAUGACAGCCGUAUGUAAGGCAGCAGUUAAAGAUGAGAGCACUUCCUGUAGAGUGGACACCGCUAUCAUCCAGAGACGCUUACCUAUAUUACACAAAUACUUUAAUUCGGACACCGAGCGACAGCUGCAGGCCCUUUACGCUCUUCAGGAUUUGAUCGUCGCCUUGGAUCAACCACCCAAUCUGCUCCGAAUGUUCUUUGACUGCCUUUACGAUGAGGAUGUUAUUUCAGAGGAUGCUUUCUACAAAUGGGAAACAAGUAAAGACCCAGCGGAGCAGCAGGGAAAAGGUGUGGCACUAAAGUCAGUCACCGCCUUCUUCACCUGGUUACGUGAGGCGGAGGAGGAGUCUGAGGAUAAUUGACAUAAACAGACAACCGAUGCCAGGAGGCGUCCUACUGACACAGACAUUGAACUCAACGCAGACUAUAGACUUCCACAUAUACAGGAACGGCCAGAGUCCUCCACGUUAUGACUUUUAAACACUUGGCCCAUUUUGAGCUGGAACUCUCGACAACAGGAGCGAACAAUAAAUACUUGUAUCAUAUAUAUAGAAAAUAUUUUUGUUUUAAAGUUUGACAUUUUUGCUUUUGUUACUUCUAAAUGAAGAGACUUAAAGAUAGGUUCUGAACUCUUAAUUUAUUAUUUUUUUUAAAGGCUGCAAAUAUGGAGUUCUAUUUAACAUUUGCAGGCAGGAAGAACAUUGAUAGAAAUAACAGAUUAAACAUGUAUCAUAACAACAAUAAUAAUUUUGUUUAAAUGUCUAAAGCAGCCACCCUGGAUUUCAUGUGAUUCAUCUUAAACAGGGUAAAGAUUUCCCCUCUGCAAAAAAUAAACAUUAGACCUUGGCAGAUGGGGAUGGCUGAUCCAGGAUGGAGACGGCCAAUGCUGUCUUUUUUAGGCUAUCAGAAGAACCAUGGCUUGCUUAAUGACCUUUCCAGAUAACAAGAAUAAAAAUAAAUAUGCAUCCUGAAAAAAUAAAAAGAAUUCAGAUACCUUGUGAUCAAAAUCAACUACCUGUAUGCAUUGAAAGGGAAAUGCAAAUAAUGAAUGCAAGUCAUGACAUUUCCAGGAUUGUUCAGUGUUCGUGUAUUGAAGACCUGCCGAGGAAAUGUAAAGCUUGUAAAUAAAGACAGAAAUGACAUUUAAAACAAAA